AUGGCGCAGUUACUAAGCUUGAUUGAUGAUUUUGAACAAAUACCUAUUCCCAAAAAUGCCGCAGCAUCGCCUCGCAGGGUCAAGACAAUCACUCGAAGAAGAUUAGUAACACCAAUGAGUACUUCACCAACUCCUUACAACUUAGAAAUGGUAUCCUCUACCACAUCAUCAAAACAAAUAAAUAGCAAUUCUAGAGUAUCUAGCACAACUCACAAAUCGGUAAAAUUAGCGUCCAAACCAGAGAAAGCCAGUACUGCUACCAAUCUUCAACCUAAGAAUAAUCUAAAAGCCGGUAAUGCUAGAGUUUCGAAGGCCAUACAAAAUGAGGUUCCAAAAAAUAACAUCGACAUCAACCCCACGAAUUAUAGAAUUAAUUUGACGCCAACAACUCAGAGAAGCAAAGCCACGGCUCCUGCCUCUGUACAAGUCAAAAGUAUGAACUCGGCAGCCGUAAAGAAUGGAAACGCCACGAGCAAGGUGGAAGCAACUACUGUCAAAAUUACUCCAACAUCAGUUAGACCACCGACAAGACGUGACACAUUCACAUGCCCACCAUCCAACAAUUGGCAACUCUUCGCAUUGUUCUGCGGACGAGAUGCAGACUGUUACCACAUGGGAAAUAGUUGGCUUUGCUGCCGUGGAAGAUGCCUUCAGGGCAAAGAAAAACAGCGAGCCGAAAUAAAACAUGAACCGCUCCUUGGCCUGAUAGAACGCCGUUGUCCGACCGUUCCACUCGCUGAGCUCUGGUUUCCUGUGCGAACGUGCACUAAGGACCGCGAUUGCUUUCCCGCCCAGGUGUGUUGCCCAGAUGGUGCCAAAAGCUAUUGCCGUAACCCGAGACAUGAAUUCGAAAAUUUACCUGGACCUGCUGGAAAUAUCGUUCGACCUUUGAGAGCAGCUGCAUCUUACCUUCAAUGUACCCCACCACCUCCUCCAGUCAUAGAUUUCAACCCAACACCAUGCAAUUCAACGGCAGACUGUUUUCCAAAUCUUUGUUGCCAAGAGAGAGGCAAAAAACAUUGUAGACCACCACAGAAAAAUAUCAUUUCUCUGCUAGCUAGUAUGACACAGAGAUUUGGAAGCGGAAUUUGGAAAAUGAUACAAGUGUCUUCAAGUCCUCAACUGAACAAUUUAUAG